AUGUCACGCAUUACAGUCAACGUUGCGACGGCCCCCAUAACGCAUUCUGCCAUUCUUCGACUCUGCCUCACUGCGCUCUCUGCUAAUACUGAGACUGAUAUUAUGCGUCCAAUUCAGCAAGGCGAAGACUUUACGCGAGAAAUUGAAGACAUCAACAGCAACUCCAGUGACACAGACGGAUCUGAUGGUGAUGAUUCAGAUUCAAAUGAUGAUGCAGACUUAUUGCGGAUUCGCGAUGCAAUUGUCGCCCCUGCUGCUAACGCAUCAACUCAAGAUCUUCGCAAAGCACUUGAACUUGCGCAAAGACUUCUUCUGGACAUGCGCGGGAAGUACCGAGAGGCUUUGAAGAAGAACGCUUUGCUUGAGGCAACAGUUUCAAAAGGUCGGAAGACGAAACUAACCAAGAAUGACCUUGCCCUCGCCGCCAAGGAAGACAGCAUCAGAAAUCUUGGACGCAAGUUCUCUGUCACGCACUGCUUAUGGGUCGAAACGUCUAUCUUCCCUUUGCGUGGGCCACCUCCCAGAAUCGACCUCUCGAGCAAGGAGCGGUGGCUCUCACCGUUAUCGAUUCAGGAUGGCGUUAAAGCCGAAAUUUUCCAAUUCAUUCCCCCAGUCGACCACAAUAUGAUGGCUCACAAAAACUUUGGCUCCCAUUUUGUGAAAGGUGUCAAUAAUGUUCGCGCUGAAAUGCUCUCAGACAUCAAGUCAUGUGCAGCAGCGAUUUUCAGUCUGGAUGCCAAGUUCUUCAUAAGAGGUUACGCACGGGACACAGAGCCAGCUUGCCGAACUCUGCUCCUCAACCCCCAAGGCAUAUAUACCAAGUUUGCUCCAGUUCUUUUCCCGCGUCCAGACCGUCUCGCCAGAGAUGAUUUUCUGAAAACAUCGAAGCUUGUUUAUGUCUUGAAAGCAUCCCUUUUUGGCCGAUCUUCACUCGCUGCCAACGCAGUCCCCACUCCAAAAACGAAGGCCAAAAUAUGGGAGUUACGCGCUGUAACACCUGGCCUCAUCGCAGCAGCAGCCGUUAUUGCUAUAUUUGUCCUAUCCGGCGACAAAGAGUUGGUUGAAGUCGGCGACAAAUCCCGGAUUCCAUACAAAGACUACCAUAACUACUACCGACAAUCGCUGCUAACCGGAGGUGCCUGGGCAAACGGGGUCUUCACGUUUUUCAACAACGCGCUGUUUGCGACAUCUCAUUCUGCCUCAACUAUCCUCGGUUCAGACCCCUCACACGACUCGAGCGGUCCACAGGACAGCUGGGAAGAAAUGUUUGAGCACGCAAUGGAAACCGGAGGCGAACUACCAGAACUAGAUGCAGUUGGCCCUGUCAUCGAUUCAGAGGCGCCCACCACACCUCCUGCUGCACCUCCUGCUGCACCCCCCACUGCACCUCCCGCUGCACCUCCUGCCACACCUCCUGCUGCACCUCCUGCUAUACCCGGUCCCCAAUCAAUCUCUGCCGCCAUGCAAGGUUUAGCUUUAGCUGAGGACGGUCGUCGAGACCCACCACCUGCAGCGCAGCCAGUACUUGAUGAGGACGAGCUGGAACCACCUGCUGUCCAGAAGCCGAAGCCAAGGCCAAAGCCAAAGCGGAAGGGCAAGGCCGCCAAUGAUACUAAUACUACUACCAGUGCUGACCCGGAGGAUCAAGCUCCUGGAAAGGAACCUGAGGUUUUGUUGUCAGUAGUCAGUGGCAGUGGUGUGCGAAGGGGCCGAUCAAGGAUCACUAAGUAG